AGCCACACGCUCCUCCAUCCCAGCCUGGGCUGAAUCCCUCGCCGCAUCCUCAUCCAACAACCUCAGCAGCAGCUCCAUCAGACGAAUCCUCACCCUCCAGCACACCCUCAUCUUCGAGUCCAACAUCACCAUCGCAGAAAUCCUCACCACAGCUUCCGGAACCACCCUCCUCUCAGCCUUCUGGCUCCUCCUCCCUUUCUCCCGGGGCAGCGUGCACCUCUCGUCCACGCAGCCGAAAGACAUAGACGCCCCGAGCAUCGACCCGAACUUCUUCCAGGUGGACUUUGAUCUCCAAGCACAGAUGGCUAUAGCGAAGCUCGCACAAUCGUUCUGGGAACAGGGACCGGUGAAGGAUUUGCACCCGGUUGCGAUUCCUGGAAAGGGGGUGGAGGGUAAUGCAACGGAUACCGAAUGGACGGCGUUCCUUAAAAACACUUUUGGGCCGAAUUACCAUCCGAUUGGGACGGCGAGUAUGAUGGCUCGGGAGCUGGGGGGCGUAGUCGAUUCGCGGCUCAAGGUCUACGGCACGGAGAAUGUAAGGGUCGUGGAUGCGUCGGUGAUUCCGCUGCAGGUGAGUGGGCAUCUCACUGCGACGUUGUAUGCGGUUGCCGAGAGGGCGGCGGAUAUGAUAUUGAAUAGAUUCAAUCGACAGGCUUAG